GUAGGCAAGUAUGGAAAGAAAGCCAAGCCCUGCCCUCUUUGGUGGCUCUGUUUUGAGGAGUUAUCAAAAGACUACAAGUUCUAUCUGUCCUUCGAGAACGCCAACUGCAAAGGCUACAUCACGGAGAAGUUUUUCAUAAACGCCCUUGGGUACGGCAUGAUACCGAUUGUCUACGGAGCCUCAAGAGAGGAAUUCUUCGCUCGCGCACCUCCAAAUUCCUACAUCCACGUAGAUGACUUCAGGAGCGUCCAGGAUUUGGCCAACUACCUCAACUAUCUCGACCGAAAUGACACUGCCUAUGCCUCCUACUUUGCCUGGAAGGAACACGGAGAAGUGCUGGUUAGUCGUACUUCAUUGCCACUGUUCAGCAGCAAGUCAACCAAUUGGCUUUCGUGA